AUGUCACCACACUUUCUCAGUCUCCCUACUGAACUCCUACAUAACAUUCUUACUCCCCUACCCCUUCACUCCCUCCUCUCCUUCUCACAAACCUGCCACCAAGCCCGCACCCUCGCAAACGCAAACCUUCACACCCUCUCCCUCUGCAUCGCCCCUCCUUCUAGCCCUUCCUACCCAUCACUCUCCCACCUAGACAAGACAUAUCCACCGUCGCAAUCGCAGCCAGGAUACGAAAUCUGCCUCCACAUCCCGCAGCAAGAAACCUACGACCACGCCACUCUCUUCAACUUCCAGAGCGCGCUUGUGACCAGUUUACUGCGGCGCCAUGGCACGAUGCUGCAGACGCUCGAACUGAGUGUUUGGGGAUGGUCGGUGGGAAUGGCACUGGCGCUGAGGAGCUUGCGGGCGCUGAGGACGUUCCGGGUGAGAGUCGAGCGUGUGACUGGUGUGGGUCGGAAUGUGCCGAGGAAGUGGAUUGCGGUGCAGAGGGCGGAGGAGAAGAAAGCCUGGGAGGUGUUGGUUAGUGGGCCUGAGGAAGAGCUUGAAGAGGUCGUUGUAGUUAGUAAGAGGAGGAGGAGACGUAAACGUGGGUUUUGGAGUGAGAGGUUGACGACGUUGGAGCUUGAGAAUUGCGAUGUUACUGCUGAGCAGCUUGGAGUCGUGUUGAGUAAGAGUCGGGGGUGUAGGGAGGUGAGGCUGGAUGGGUGUCGGAUUUUGGAUAAGGAGCUUUGGACGGUGAUGGGGGAGUGGGAGGGAAGGAGUGGGUUAGAGAGGUUGGACGUCGUGGAUUGUGGGGGAAGGAUUGGGGAGGAGGCGAGGACGGCGAUUGGGUUGAUGGACGGGUUGAAGGAUAUCAAUCUAUACGACUGUCAGGAGCAGGACCCAGGUUCUAUGCAGCAGUGUAACGACGAGCUAUGGCACAUACCCGACUUCGUCGCGCCGGCACCUGCUCGCGGGGUUGGACAAAACAUGAUCAUCGAGGUGGACCCAGAGUACAUGUAG